UAACUGCUACAAGGUGGCUUUGAUGCAGAAGGGGGGAGACGGACGAGGUCGACUCGUCAGGAGUAGUACUAAAGACUCCCGCUAGUCGAGGCGCCUGGCGUCACUUCCCUCUUCCACUGGAGCGUGUGGAGGUGCAAGCCUCCUUGGUGAUUCCUUCUCGCGCCAUCAUAUCCCAAGCAGGUCACCUUAGCGCUAACGCACCGGCAUUUUCCUUCCCUGAAGAUGGUACCUUGCACACGCCGAGCCGCAGCCAUGUCCCUCCCGGUGGUGAUAUUAGGAGCCCUGAUGCUGCACGGCGUCUCCUCGCAAAACGAGCCAUCAAUCGCCGCCUCUGAGCACACUUCCCUUCCUGUAGAAGGCCACAGUCCACCUUUCACUCUGCAGUGCAACCUGUCCAGCAGCGAGAACGCCCUCCUGGAGAGCUACUGGAUGAGAAAUGGCGAGGAAAUCCCAGAAACUCGCAGUCCAAAUAGGAACACGGAAUACAAGCUGAAUAAACCGAGAGGAGACGAUGCUGGUGUGUACAUGUGCGUCUUCACCUUUGAGAUGUCUCCUGCCGCCAACACCACGAUUGAAGUUAAAGCUGCUCCUGAGAUUACGGGCCACAAGCGUAGUGAAAAUAAGAAUGAAGGCCAGCGUGCUUUGCUCUACUGCAAGUCUGUGGGCUACCCUCAUCCUAGCUGGACUUGGCGUAAACUUGAAAACGGCAUAUAUAGGGAAAUUGACAACUCAUCCGGACGCUUCUCCAUCAGCAGCAAAGACAAUUACACUGAGCUCAGCAUCACCAAUCUGGACAUUAAUUUGGACCCGGGCGAGUACCAGUGUAACGCCACCAAUUUGAUUGGCAGCAGUGACGAGAGGUCCGUGCUGAGAGUCCGCAGCCAUUUGGCUCCCUUAUGGCCUCUUUUGGGGGUGCUGGCUGAAAUCAUCAUCCUGAUCGUCAUCAUCGUCGUUUAUGAGAAGCGCAAGAAGCCCGAGGAUUUACAAGACGAUGACGGCCCAGCUGGACCAGUGAAAACCAAUUCAACCAACAAUCACAAAGAUAAGAACCUGCGCCAGAGGAAUACAAAUUGAACCCGCCUGUCAGCAGAGUUACACUAAACAUGUAUUGACCACAUGAAGGUAAACAACAUUGGAAUCAACGCCAGUUGUUAAUAGAAUUUUAUCCGCCAUUUUAAUGUGUGGUUGAAUGAGGCAUGCCUUAUGAUUUUGAUGUGCGCCGCGAGAUGUUUUUAUUCACUCAUAUCAUUACAGGAUUGUUAACAUAAUCAUUGUUACUGCAUGCAAACAGUGACCUGUGCAAUUUAGUUGUUCCCCCCCCUCUACUUUGACAUUUUUACUACUUAUAAAAUAAUUGCAUGCAAGAUGUUGACCCUCUACUUGAGACAGGAUUUUCUUCUGUAUUUUUGUUCUCUUAGAGUGGCUUCAUGUACUAUAGAUAAUCUAUGUUUCUUAAGAGAAAAUGGCCGCCUUUCACCAGUUUAGAAAAUGGCGCUAUCAUCAGAGAUGGCAGGUUUUGUACAGUUUUAUCAUGCAACUGCAUAUCAUUACCUAAGAUUCAAAGUAAUAUUACAUUUCAAGGGCUUUGCAAUGUCCCUCUAAAGAUUUAAUUUAUAUAUGUAUUGUAUGUAUCAAAUCACUCUCGUGACAUAAAUAGUAUGAUGCACUUAAAUGUUGACAAUACUGGAAACUGUAUAAAUCGACUUUAUGAAAUCUAAUCAUUUUAACAUUCUCUUGUCAUGACGUGUGUAUUGUACAGCAUGGCUUUUCUCCUAUGCAACAAAUAUCCAUGUCAAUAUAUUUACAAAACAUAGCUUUUGAUUUUUUGGGGGUUUUCCUUUGACAAAGCUUUAACUAUAGUAGGAGCAUAUAGACGUUCUAGUGCGCAGCUGCAUGUUUUCUGUACAGCGGACGGGAUUGGACAGCCUGCUACACAAAAUCUUGACUCAAAUCAUUUUUAAAAAUAAAAUUUGAAAA